GACUAAUGCUGUCAAAUUAAUAAACCACUCUUGGUUCUGUGUUUCUCUCGGUUAUGAUUUGCUCAUUUUGAAAUUGAUAAAAAUAUGGGUCCGCCGAAGAAAUCCAGGAAAGAUCGCUUCACGGGAGAUAAAUUUGGAAAGAAACGUCGUGCAGAAGAUGAAGCAUUUGCGCAGCUAGUAGAAGAUGGAGAUUCCGUCGCUUCUGAUGGUGCCGCUGAGUUGGAUGGGGUGCCCGUAGCUGCAUCUAAAAAUGUGGAAACUAACGAUGACGGCAUUAUGACAGACGAAUAUGGGGCCAAGGAUUACCGCGCCCAAAUGGAGCUUAAGUCUGAUCAUGGGAAUCGUCCCUUGUGGGUUGCCCCAAAUGGACAUAUUUUCUUGGAAUCCUUUUCUCCUGUUUAUAAACAUGCACAUGAUUUCUUAAUUGCUAUAUCGGAGCCUGUAUGUCGCCCAGAACACAUACACGAAUAUAAGUUAACAGCUUACAGUCUCUAUGCAGCCGUUUCUGUCGGAUUACAGACACACGAUAUCAUUGAAUAUCUCAAACGUUUAAGUAAAACUUCAAUACCCGAGGGAAUUAUUGAAUUUAUUAAGCUAUGCACAUUGUCCUAUGGAAAAGUAAAAUUGGUGCUAAAACAUAACAGGUAUUUUAUUGAAUCACCACAUCCUGAAAUACUUCAAAAACUUCUUAAGGAUCCUGUGAUUCAGCAAUGUCGCUUGAAACGUGAGGAAGGAGAUGGUUUCAUUCAGGGCACAUUAGAAGGCAAAGCAAUUACUCAAUUUGGAACAAAAUUACCAACUGGUACUGACAAAACAUCCACAGGAUUGAAUACUGCUAGUGACCCAUCGUCUGGGUCUGCAACAGGAGCCGUAGUAUCCAACAACCCAGAUGGCACCACGGCAGUCCCAGAAGAUAUAACAAACUUCUAUGAUAAAAUCGACAACGAAGAGGAAGAUGAGGACGAAGCAAACUUAAAAACAGUAUCAUUCGAAGUGAAUCAAGAAAAAAUUGAGGUUAUACAAAAACGUUGCAUUGAAAUCGAACAUCCGUUACUGGCGGAAUAUGACUUUCGAAAUGAUACUCAUAAUCCGGACAUAAAUAUUGAUUUGAAACCCGCUGCGGUUCUUCGGCCUUACCAGGAAAAGAGUUUGCGAAAAAUGUUUGGCAAUGGUCGCGCCCGAUCCGGAGUGAUUGUUUUGCCUUGUGGAGCUGGCAAAUCACUUGUUGGUGUGACAGCCUGUUGUACCGUACGAAAACGCGCUCUAGUGCUUUGCAACAGUGGAGUUUCUGUAGAGCAAUGGAAACAGCAGUUCAAAAUGUGGUCUACGGCGGACGAUAGCAUGAUUUGUCGGUUUACGUCUGAAGCCAAAGAUAAGCCCAUGGGAUGUGGUAUCCUCGUUACAACUUAUUCAAUGAUUACGCAUACUCAAAAGCGAUCUUGGGAGGCUGAGCAAACUAUGCGCUGGUUGCAGGAACAGGAAUGGGGCAUAAUGGUGCUGGAUGAAGUACACACCAUACCCGCUAAAAUGUUUAGACGCGUCUUGACUAUUGUACAGUCCCAUUGUAAAUUAGGUUUGACAGCCACCCUACUGCGCGAAGAUGAUAAAAUCGCGGAUCUGAAUUUUCUUAUUGGGCCGAAGCUUUAUGAAGCGAAUUGGCUGGAAUUGCAAAAGAAGGGAUAUAUUGCAAGGGUACAAUGUGCUGAGGUAUGGUGUCCUAUGUCUCCAGAAUUUUACCGCGAAUAUCUUACUACAAAAACAUCAAAGAAGAUGCUUUUGUAUGUGAUGAAUCCAUCCAAAUUUCGCAGUUGCCAGUUUCUAAUAAAAUAUCAUGAGAAGCGAGGUGACAAAACUAUUGUUUUCUCGGAUAACGUUUUCGCUCUCAAACAUUAUGCUAUAAAGAUGAAUAAACCGUUCAUUUACGGACCAACUUCGCAAAAUGAGAGAAUUCAGAUUCUACAGAACUUUAAAUUCAAUCAAAAGGUCAACACAAUAUUUGUGUCCAAAGUCGCAGAUACCAGUUUUGAUUUGCCUGAGGCAAACGUACUCAUUCAGAUAUCCUCACAUGGCGGGUCUCGACGCCAAGAAGCUCAGCGUUUAGGUCGCAUAUUGCGAGCUAAAAAGGGUGCUAUUGCUGAAGAAUACAAUGCAUUCUUUUAUACUCUCGUUUCACAAGAUACUAUGGAAAUGAGUUAUUCACGCAAACGCCAAAGGUUUUUGGUUAAUCAAGGUUAUAGCUAUAAAGUAAUUACCCACUUAAGUGGCAUGGACACCGAUUCUGAUUUGAUGUACAAAACUCGCGAAGAGCAAUCACAGCUCUUGCAGCAAGUCCUCUCGGCCUCGGAUUUGGACUGCGAAGAUGAAAAGGUACCGGGUGAGCCGGGCUAUCGACCAAGUGGUGCAGCAGCUUCUAAACGUGCUGGCGGCCUCAGCUCAAUGUCUGGCGGCGAUGAUGCUAUUUACUAUGAGCAGCGCCGUCGAAAUGCGGGCACUGUACAUCCUUUAUUUAAGAAAUUUCGAGCAUAAGCGAAAUAUAUUAUUCAAAUGCAAUAUAAGACAAAUGUUUCAAUUAAAAGGCAUUUUAUAUUAUGGUUAAA